AUGAGUGAGAGCAUGAAUCCGUCGCUGUUGAGCGAGUACUACCCCACCAGCAGCAGCUCCCUGCAGCAGCACACUUAUCUGCGCGUGCUGUGGCUCCCGCUGCCCGUGUGCUUCCUGUGGAGUGGCGAAGCUCUCACCGCGAGCAACGCGAUCACCUCACCCUCUGGGCCGUCCCCGUCUAGUGGCACCGGCUCUUUCUCCGCGCUGAACCGCUCCGGUUGUGGCGGCCCACCAAACGCGAGCGUCGGCUGCAGCUCGUCCUCCGACCGCCGCGCGGAAGCGUUUGUGGACCGGGACGAAACAGUCGGGGGCUACGAGGUGGCGCUGCGCCGCUGCCUCACCGCCCAUCCUCCGGUGCCCGCGACACAACUUAACUGGGAUGCAUUCUCGCCCUCAGUGCUGAAGUCCAUCACGGCGCUUGGCAAGACCGCCAACACCCCUGUCGAGCUUCCCUUCUUCUUGACGAGCGACCUCGGCACCUCCCAUUGGGAGAACAUGGAUGGCCACCGCGCCACGGUCGCCGUUCUCGUGGUGGUGAGUGCGGCGGUGCUGUCCGUCUCUGUCGGCCAUGCCGUCGACGUCGUCCAAACGAUUUUUACCUCUCAGUUCAAAGACAAGGUGUGUCGCUGCAUCGUUGUCGACCCGCCCGCAAAGCUCGCCGAGAGGCUCGCAGGUUUGCCGCGCUUUAUCUGCGUAUCCGUGGCGGUCCCCGUAGAGCAGACGGCGAAAACAAUUCUGCUGGAUGUGGCGCAGGCCGUCGUGAAUGCGCACGGUGCAGCGCUGAGCUCGUACAGUCAGCCUGACAAGGCAGACAACACGUUGGUGCGUACACCGGUCGAUAAGCCGAACACCUUUGCCUCGUCACGCACCGCGACGACGAUCGCUGCGUCGCGCUUCAAGAAGAAGGCAGCGGACAUCCUUCUGCAGUGCGGCGCCGUCACCGCCGCGGUGGCCGCCUACGGUGAAACGCAGUUUGGCUCCAGCGUCGACUGCCUUUGGUGCUCCGCCACAGUGGAGAGCAUCGCGGCCGCGCGCUAUCAUUACCUGCGCACCACUCUGCUGCGGCAUCGCGCCACCCUGGAUGCGACGGUCGUGCAGCUGCAAAGCGACGACCCGCCGUGGGGUCCCGACCUCACCGCCGCCGUGGAAGAACUGGGCAUCAUGGUGACUCAGUAUGGCGACAGUUUGAAGCUGACGCUGAGCAGUCUCAAGAACUCCUCGGUGCCGCACUCCAUGCAAGCGCGUCUCACGCGCGACAUUGACGAAAACGUGGCGACUCAAAUCACGCUGCUGAAAGGAUUGCUGGUUCGCGUGCGUGUGUGUUUGGAGGCAAAGACGUGGGACGUGCCCUCCGACACGCAGUCCUACCGCCUCGGCAGUGAUGUUCGGCGCUGUGUCGAAACCGUAUUUCGUCUUGCCUACGCUGAGGUCGACCUGUAUCUGUGCGAAUCGCUGCGGCAACUGAGCAAGUCUGCCCCAAGCGGCGGACUGUGGCCGUCGUCGUCCCCGCCGCUGCUGCUGGGCAGCACCAGUUCGAGCGGCGGCCCGCCCAGCCCAACCGUCGCCAUGCUGCGCAAGCGUGAGUUGGAAACGCGGUUCAAACGACUCGAGGUGCUCGCUGCCCGGGAGUUGCGGCAGCCCUUCUUGGAGGAGCUGAGUCUCCUGCGGAGGAGCAUUUCCGGGGGCUAUGGUGCGGAGUGGUCAGAGCGCAGCCUCCCGUUCUUCGCGUACCUGUGCAUGGUGAACGGUGCGGAACGGCGGGCGCGGGCGCUUCUGGUAGAGAUGGCGAGCUUGCGCACACGCCUCCAGUUAGUGGAGGAUGCGGCAGACCUGCUGCUGCGCGUCUGCGCUCUCGCCGGUCUCGGGCUUCCACUGGCCGGCCUCAACGCGGCGAUGGUGACGGACGUGGCGACGGUCGAGAAAGGCAACGUCGUGGCGGCGAUGCGUAGCCGCGACCCGCUCUGUCGCCUCAGCCGGCUGGCCGCGGAAAGGGAGGCGGCCUUGGCAAGCGUCAUCGGCAACGGCAGCGCGCCUAACGUGUCCAUUACUGCUUCGCCUUUCAACCUGUUUAGCGCGGUUGAGGAGGACACGCCGGACCGCGGCGUGGCACGGCUGAGCCAGUCGAUCAGCAACGCCGCGCUGUUGAAUGUGCCCUUGUUGCUGGAGCUAAUGGAACUGUUUGGUCGAAUGGGCCCGCCGACCGCAACGGCGGCGCUGCGCUGCCAUCUCGCGACGCUGUUGCUCUUUCAGCAUCCGCAUCUGCUCGACAAGGCGACCCAGCGGACGUUGAUGUCGAUCGUGGAGGGCACUUCAGGCUUGUUGGAGCCGCAGCUGCCCGUCACCAUAGUGCCGUCGCCGUUCUUCCUCGCGUGGGAGGCGCUGCCGCUUCCGCCGCAUCUGGCCCCCAAGACGGUGCCGGUCGGCGGCGCGCUCUUCACCUUCAUCGACACGCAGCGGCUGAAGCUGACGAUUCUGUGUCUCAACGGCAAAGUGCUGGGGAGCCGCACGGUGUGGACCGUCGGCGAUGUGGCCUCGGUGCUUGUCACGCUGUACAAUCCGUUUGUGGAGCCGCUCGUCUUUGCGGCGCUGGCGCUGCGCUGUCACGUCGAACUCGAAACGGAGCUCGACACAGAGGGUCCAUGUGCCGUUACAUCAACUACCGCGGGAACGUCAAAAACAGCUGGCGCCGCUGCGCUGAGUGAGCCAAUCUGCUACGUCCUGUCGCACGUCGAAGUUUCUCCACUGUCAAAGCGCAAGGUACUCCUUCACGUACAGCCUACGCAGGAGGGAACACUUGUGAUUGACGGUGUGGCACUUCGCUUAUCAAAGAUGCGGUCUUUCCAGCCGAUUGUGGGCCAGCUGCCGGCACCAAUGCACAUUCCGGUGUUGCAGCGUUUGCCGCAGGUCUCCUGCACUCUCAACACGAGCGAACUGGAGAUCUUCGGCAGUCAACGCAUCGACUUCACCGUGCGUGUCGUGAACUGCGGCAGUGUGCCCAUUUCCUGCAUUUCCCUCACGGCGCACAGCGAGCAGUGUCAGUUGGAGGGUUGCGAAGGGUGCAAGGAGCGCCGCAAUGACACCGACACCACCGUGACGCUCAACAAGCGCGCCCUCGACGCCGCCUCGCGUGUGCCGCUGCAACCGGGCGAUGUGGUGAUGAUUCCCGGUUUGCUAGAGGCCCCGCUAACCAUUGCGAAGUUCGGUGCACACCACAUUUUGUUCCGCACCGACCUGUCACUGCCGCACCCCGAGCCGGAGAAGCCGCCGAACGUGCCCGGGGCCGUGCCGAUUUACGCUGUCAUACCGAGACGCGUCACCGAGACGCGCAUGCGGCUCUUCCACUCCCCCGGUCUGGUGGUCACGUCGGUGACGCUGACGAAAGAUCGCCGUGCUGUGGAAGUGCGGGUGGCGAACCGCAGCCGGCUGUACAGCAUGGAGCUGCAACUCAGCGCUCUCACUUUCUCCGAUCUGCCGGAUGCGUUCAUUGUCGCCGGGGCCGAGUACGUGGUGCCGCCGAUCAAGCUGACGCGCAUACUGCCCUCCAAGGAGAAGAACGGGCUGCGCUUCUCGGUGCCGUGGGUGGUGCGGGAGCUGCCGCACUGCGCCGGUACGUUGGACUUGGACCUCUCCGUGGUGGGUGCGGAGGAGGUGAGCACGGAGCCGCUGGACGAGUGCGUGCUCACGCUGGACAUUACGGUUCCCCACACCCCGCUCUUUCCCAGCGCUCAUCACCUGUCUUCGCCCUCCGUCGCGUCGCUCGACCACGCUAACGAUGCGGCGCACGAGGUGUUGACGUACCGCUGGUCAACCGGCGGUGACCUCUACUACGGCGGGGACACAGGAUCUGCGGUGUUUUCUUGUUCUCGAAUACCGGUGCUCGCCUCUGCGGAAACUUGGGGUGCGGGAGGAACCCACGUCAACAGCGCGCUACACUCGCCUACCUCCGCGAAUGGACUACCAGAGCGACGCAUCACGGCAUCCGCAGGGGACGCAGCAGCGGUGGCGGCGGUGGCGCUGGACUUCCCCAGUCCCGCGCCGUCCAACUCCGCUUACGUGUCACGCCGCAGCGAGUCCUUCGAGGUGGCUACGCAUGCGUCAACGACCAACGCGCAGGUGCUGCAGCGGAACAAGACGUUGAUGCCGUUAUCCAACGGACAUAUGAACGGCGACGGCGUGAACACGGCAUCGGCGAAGGUUGACAUCAUCGUCCCUGCCGUUACGCCGAUUCACCUGCAUCUGCGCGUUGCGGCGCCACGUUGGCGUCGAGCUAUUCCCCUGCACGUCCGCGUCUCCAUCGACUCUCACUUUGACGUAGCGGUGCUGUCCGGCGCGGUGGAGGCGGAGGCGAUGGUGGGGGAGGAGGGCACGGCAGUCUACGUACGCGAGUUUGAGCUCUUUGCGUUUAAAACCGGGAAGCACCUGCUGCACGUGACGAUCACGGAUGGCGCCGGCCGCGAACUGACAAAUACGGUGCAGCUUAUUGUGGAACACUCGCGAACACCAUAG